UGAGGAGGGAGAGACGGAAAAGGGAACGGCGGGAUGAGUUUGUGGGCACUGCUGAAGCACCUGUGUACAUGUAAGCAUUUACGGCGGAGAGGUGAUAGGGAUCUGAAAAGAGAGGACAAGAAGACAGAGAAGAAGAAGACAGAGAAGAAGUAGACGAAAGAGGAGAAGAGAAAUAAACGGAGAGGCAGAAAGAGAAGAGGUGCUGGGACGAGAAAAAGACAGGCGAGUUGAAGCCAUUCUGGACACUUUAGAACAGAGAAGAGAGGUGGAGGAGGGAGAUGAUGAAGAUGAAGAAGAUUAUGAAGAUGCUGCUGUGUGUGUUGGGCUGUGUGUCUAUGUCUCAGGCAGAGGUAGCAAUGGUAAACUCUGGGACAACAUUUACCUACCUCUGUAUGGGUAACACCAUCACACACAUGCCCACACACAUCCCCAAGAACACCACUGACCUGGAGUUCAAACAGACGCACAUCAGAGUGUUUCCCCAAGAAGCCUUCACCAACCUACAGCAGCUCACUGCCAUUGUGCUGACAGAGAAUGGUAUGUUAGAGAGCAUCGGGGCUUUUGCAUUUGCUAACCUCCCCAGACUAACUGAGAUAACCAUCACCAAGUCAAAACACCUGGUCAUCAUCCAUCAUCAGGCUUUCAUUGGACUCCCGAAACUCAGUCACCUGACGAUCUGCAACACUGGACUGAGGGUUCUACCUAACUUCUCCCGGAUCCACUCCGCCGCCAUGACGUUUCUUCUGGACCUGCAGGACAAUGUACACAUAGUGAUCAUCCCCAGCAACGCUUUCCUCGGCCUCACCACUAAUACCAUUGAUGAACUACGACUGACCAAGAACGGCAUCAGUGAGGUGGAGAGUCACGCCUUUAACGGAACCAAGAUACACAAACUGUAUCUCAUGGGCAACCUGCAACUUUCUCAUAUGCAUAAUAAUUCCUUCAAAGGAGCAGAGGGGCCAGGGUACCUAGACAUCUCUCGUACAGCGCUGAGUUCCCUGCCAGAGUCAGUGCUGGGUGAAGUUGAGCAUCUGUCCGCUGUCUCGGUGUUCUCACUCAGAACGCUGCCUCCCCUGUCCCUAUUCACAAAGCUACGACAGGCUAACCUCACCUACCCAUCUCACUGCUGCGCCUUCCAUAAACACCAGAGGAACAGGUACGAAGACAAACACACACUCCAAGAUAGAAUAUGUCUGUGUAUAUUAUGUCACAUAUAAAUUAAUGUGUGUGUUUGCGUCUGUAUUUUCGCAUUCUUGCGUGCAUUUGUCAGGACCUUCCGGAUGACCUCCGCGUGCUUUAAACCCGGGGCUCAGAACAACCUCCACUUCUUUAUGGACUUCUGUUUAAAUUGGACGUCUGUGGCCUGUAGUCCCGCCCCCGAUGCCUUCAACCCCUGUGAAGACAUCAUGGGCUCCGCCCCUCUACGUGUCCUCAUCUGGAUCAUCUCUGUGCUCGCACUGUUAGGCAACACCAUCGUGCUGCUUGUGUUGCUAGGCAGCCGAGCGAAGAUGACGGUGCCACGCUUCCUGAUGUGCCACCUGUCCUUUGCCGACUUGUGUAUGGGCAUAUACCUGGUGGUCAUAGCAACAGUAGACGUGCGUACGAGAGGUCUGUACUACAACCACGCUAUCAGCUGGCAGACCGGGGCGGGCUGUGACAUCGCCGGGUUCUUCACUGUGUUUGCCAGUGAGCUGUCUAUGUUUACUCUGACGGCCAUCACCCUGGAGCGCUACCACACCAUCACCCACGCUCUCAGACUGGACCGCAAGCUCCGCCUCCGACACGCCUGUGCUGUCAUGGCUACCGGCUGGGCCUUCUCCUGUCUGGCGGCUCUGCUACCCACUGUAGGGGUAAGCAGCUACAGCAAGGUGAGUAUCUGCCUGCCCAUGGAUGUGGAGUCGCUGCCGUCUCAGGUGUUUGUCAUGUUCCUCCUGCUGCUGAACGUGGUGGCCUUCCUGUGCGUGUGUGUGUGCUACCUGAGCAUCUACCUGUCUGUCCGUAACUCCUCCUCCCCCCCAGCCAGUGCUGAAACUUGCAUGGCUCAGCGGAUGGCCAUCCUCAUCUUCACGGACUUCCUGUGCAUGGCGCCUAUUUCCUUCUUCGCCCUCUCUGCUGCGCUCAAACUACCCCUCAUCACCGUCUCCGACUCCAAGCUGCUAUUGGUCCUAUUCUACCCAAUAAACUCAUGCGCCAACCCCUUCCUGUACGGAUUAUGCACCCGGACAUUCCGCCGGGACUUCUUCCUGCUGGCAGCGCGAUAUGGCCUGUUCACGACCAAAGCCCAGGUCUACAGGACAGAGAGUUUCUCCGUCCAGCAGGCUGCAUGGAUCCAAAUGUCGCCCAAAGCCUCCCACGGGACACUGUGUUAAUUGGUUCAAAUCAGCCAAGCCACCGGACCCCUACUGAAACCCUGACCUUUAACCCCUCACCCCUGAACCCAAGACCAGGCACGGGACACUGUGGCCGGUUUAAACAACAACAGCUUCUCUGAGAGGGAUGGGACCCUGAUGCCUCAGAGUACGCACACACACGUACGCACUCAUACACACAUGCACACAGACACACACAGGACUGCAGGAGGUGUGCGCAGUGACAGGCUGCUGUUUAAUAGUAGCAGAUGGCUGUUUAGUAGUACUUUAGUUAGUGUUUGACUUCACAAAUUCACCCGAUCGCAUCAACAUACUGAACCCUCUCUCUGCUCUCUACCUCCUCCCUCUCUCUAUCUUUCUUUCCCCUCCCUCUGUCUUCUCAAUAUAGAGUAAACACAGUUCAAGAUUUGUUAAAUGUUUUUAAGAGAUAUGUAAAGAUGUUUUUUUGUUUGUUGUUGCUUCCAGACCUGGGUCAGAUACAGACACAAAGAGGUGCUUUGUGUUUUUGAGGUGUGCCUAAUGUAGAUUAGAAAGUUUGCAUUCCAUUGAGCAGGGCAAACCAAACCAACGGCAGAAGUAUUUUAAACUACUUUAAAUGGUUUACUUAACCCAGGUCUGGUUCUUUCAUGAGUUGCAUUUAUUGGUUGUGGAAAAAAUGUGUCUAUAUGAGUUGUGCAUCUACUGUUGUUGAUAAAGCUCUA